AUGUGCUUAAGUUAUACUGUUGAUUUUUUAAAGAUUCCGCAAGGUCCGCCACUGCAUCUUUAUGCUGAUCGUGAAUACAUCUCCACACAAGGCUGUCUACCCAACACUCUUCUUGAUUUCUGGCGAAUGGUUUGGCAGGAAAACACUCGCGUGAUUGUCAUGACAACUAAGGAAAUGGAACGUUCAAGGAGCAAAUGUCAUGUGUACUGGCCAGCGCUUCGCGAAGAACUGAAUCUUCGCGAAUAUGUAAUCAAAACCGUCGAAGAGAUUAAAGUUCCGGGCGAUAAUGGACUUGAUAUGUUCAUCAAGCGGCGAUUUAUGGUUGCUAAAAAAGGUUUGCUGUUUUCUAUCAUCUAAAU